AUGAAGAACCAACACGACUCUGCUAUGUUUCUUGCGGAUAAAGUAAUCUCUGCCGUAGCUGAAAACUCAAACUUCGUCUUCUCACCGGCAUCAAUCAACACCGCUCUCACCAUGGUCGCUGCUAGCACACCAUACGAAACACUAAGAUCCUUCAUCUUAUCCCUCCUUCGAUCUUCUUCAGUGGAUGAGCUCAAAGAUGUUUACAGCGAGAUCGCUACCAUAGUCCUAGCCGACGGCAGCGCAAGCGGUGGCCCUAAGAUCUCAAACAUCAAUGGAGUGUGGACGGAGCAGUCGCUUGGUGUUGAUCCCUUGUUGAAGGAUCUCUUUGAGAAUUUCUUCAAGGCUCCUUGCGCUCUAGUUGAUUUCAGAUUCAAGGCAGAAGAAGUGCGCAAGGAGGUGAAUGAUUGGGGCUCAAAGCACACCAAUGGUCUCAUCAAAGAUAUUCUUCCUGAUGGAACCGUUUCAAGUGACACCAUUUCUAUAUUUGGAAACGCACUCUACUUCAAAGGAACCUGGGAAGAAAAAUUCCCAAAGUCUUUGACAAGUGACCAAGAGUUUCACCUUCUCAAUGGCAAAUCAGUCACUGUGCCUUUCAUGAUGAGCCAUAAGAAGCAAUACAUUGAGCAGUACAACGGUUUCAAGGUCCUUAAGCUGCCAUUUCAACAAUGCAAUGACACGAAUCGCCAAUUCUCAAUGUAUUUCUAUCUACCUGACGCCAAGGAUGGAUUGAAUGGUCUGGUGAAGAGGGUUGCAUCAUCAUCUGGAUUCUUUGAUAGUCACACUCCAAGAAAACAAGUUGAAGUUGGUCAGUUCAGAAUCCCAAAGUUUAAGAUAGAUUUCGGGUUUGAGGCUUCAAAGGCUUUCUAUGGAUUGAAUCUGCAGGAUUCGCUUAACCUGCACCACAAAGCUUUGGUUGAGAUUGAUGAAGAUGGUGCAGAGGCUGCAGCUGUUACUGUUGUCGUUAUGUUUGGUGGUUGUAGCUUUCAAAGGAGGAUAGAUUUUGUGGCUGAUCAUCCAUUUCUUUUUAUGAUUAGAGAAGACAAAACUGGAACCGUUCUGUUCGUUGGUCAGAUCUUUGAUCCUUCUCAAUCUGCUUCUGCUUAG